CAAUGCUCUAACCACUAGGCUACACUGCCGCCCCAACAUGACAUCAGCAGAGGUGUAUUUACAGCUGAGAUUAUAAUGUCGUUUAUAUUGCAGAUUUCUGUAUUGCCCCUCUGUGCCCAGAUUUAUAGAUAUAUCGUUUGCUGUCGUGUAUGGAUUUAACUACAAGUACCUUAGAACCAUAGCUACCGCACAUCAACUUGUGCCAUAGAUAGGUCGACCGAGAAACCGGUUUUCUGAACAACUGGUUAAAUUGUACUUGGGAGGAAAAAAAAGAGUAGUGGUGAGAGUCAAUGUAGUAUUGCCGUAUAGAAUAGUCCUUUGUGCUCACAUGCCAUCUUUAUGCAGAUAGACUUAUUGCACGAUAUUUUCUGCUCUUCACUUGCUUUCUAUCGGAGUGUGACUGCAGAAGAGCGUAGAUCCUAUCAGCUGUCGUUGGAUUCUUAGGAAGCGCUUUAGAGGUUUGUUUAUGCAGCACUACUUUUGUGUACAUCCGAUAUUUAUUUUUUUACAAAGUCAGGAAUUAAUAGUUUUUAUUUCUCGAAAUCAUCAGUUAACUUAUAUUAAAGUCGUUUUGACAAUUAUAUUAUGUUUAAUCUUAAACUAUUGGACAUAAUUGAUGCCGAAUGGUUGGAGUAUUCCUCGGGUCUAUUUCUUCUGGAUGGCAGUGCUUCGCCUUUCUCCUCGCUCCCUGUGCUAUAGCCGCCAUCUUGAAUUUUAAUCUUAAUUUCUGAAAUGUUUUGUUUCCGACGAUAUUUUUUUCCGAUUACAGGGUCGUACCAAUUCUGGAUUAUUUUUUUUUUGUUGUUGAAGGAUUGUCUAAUGUUCCUGCUCAUCUUGGAAUAAAUAUUUAGUGACAGCCCCUAGCUUCCAGUCUUCCCCACUCUGAGUGCUCCCUCAACUCAAGAGACUCAAUGCAACUGGACCAGGGGGCUUGUGGGUAUGAAGUGGCUGGGCCAAUCCAAGAGCAUGGUGUUGAAUGGCAGCAGGUACUCCACCAGUGAGCAGCAGCCCGUGAGCCAGAGCCAGACCCGCUCCCAGCAGCAGCUACACCCACAGAGGAGCUCUCUCCGACCAGGGACUGGCAGCAGGAGAUGUAGCCGCCGGUUCAGUGCGGCCAGCCUGGAGGCGGAGCGACGCUGUAUCCCGUCCUCUGGGAUGACCGCCAAGGAGCUGUGUGAGCACGAUGACCUCACCACCAGCCUCAUCCUCGACCCUUAUCUGGGCUUCCAGACACACAAGAUGAACACCAGGUUUCGACCAAUCAAGGGAAGACAGGAAGAGCUGAAGGAGAUUAUCGAGCGGUUCAAGAAGCACGACAACCUGGAGAAGGCUUUCAGAGCACUCACCUCUGGAGACUGGUCCAGACACCACUUCCUACACAAGUCUAAAGCCCAGGAGAAGCUCUUCAAACAGCACGUGUUUGUGUAUCUGAGGAUGUUUGCGGCUGACAGUGGGUUUGAGAUUCUCCCGUGUAACCGCUACUCCUCGGAGCAGAACGGAGCCAAGAUCGUGGCCACAAAGGAAUGGAAAAGGAACGAUAAGAUCGAGUACUUGGUGGGCUGCAUCGCCGAGCUGUCGGAGAGCGAGGAGAACAUGCUGCUGCGUCACGGGGAGAAUGACUUCAGUGUCAUGUACUCGACACGCAAGAACUGUGCUCAGCUGUGGCUGGGGCCUGCAGCCUUCAUCAACCACGAUUGCCGGCCAAAUUGCAAGUUUGUGUCGACGGGUCGUGACACGGCCUGUGUCAAGGUGCUAAGGGACAUCGAACCGGGAGAGGAGAUCUCCUGUUACUACGGCGACGGAUUCUUCGGGGAGAACAACGAAUAUUGUGAAUGCUACACGUGUGAACGACGUCUCACUGGCGCGUUCAAAUCCAAGGCUGGGCUGCCGGCGGAGGCUCCGGUGAUCAACAGCGCGUACGGGUUACGGGAGACGGACAAGCGUCUGAACCGGCUGAAGAAGAUGGAGGCAGGAGAGGGCAGCAGGAACUCCGACAGCCACUCUGUGGGCUCCCACACCGACAUAGACUCUCAGGACAUACCAAACACACACACACCUGGAAGGAACAGGACUUCCUCCAAUAUGAAGUUCAGCAGAACCAGAACUCCAAGCAGAUCGUCUCUUUCCAGAGCACUAACCUCUACCUCACCUUCUAAACAAAGUCACAGAAACACUGGCAGGAUACCAAAGAGACUCCGAUCCAAACCCGCCACGCCUUCGCUCUCCAAGGUCCGGUUGCGCAGUAGAUGCAGCAGGGGCAGAGGUUCGGAGCCCAAAGCGGCGGUGGCCCGAGGGGAGGUGCUGGGUACCACCGGGCCUGGUCGCCUGGGUCUCCGGGAGCCGAGGACGUUGUCGCUGUGUAAGGCGGGCGUGUCGGUGAAGAAGGAGAAGGAUGCACAGGGACCGGUCCAGGCAGCACUGGGCCAGCGGGGGUGUCUGACCCGCCAUGCGGCCAAGGAGAACAACACCCCGGCAGUCUGCGAGGGCAGCCUGAGCCAGCCUUGCACUUACAGGACUCGCAGGUCCACCAGGACCCUGGUAAAGGUCCAGGACACUGUAGCUGGGUCAGCUGGGGUUAAACUGGAGCCUGGGGGCCUGGAGGGCCACGGCACCGUCCCUGGAGGGGUGGAGAUUAAAACGGAGCCUGCUGACCUGGAGCAGUACCUGGGUCACGGGUUGGGCUCGGAGCUGGGCGGGGGUCUGGGUGCUGGCUACACGAGCAGAGGGGUCUGUACCAGACGCAGCCAGCUCACCCAGCUCCGGCCCGAACGGACGAUAAAGCGCGAGGACUCGUCGUACGGCGAGCUGUUCCCUCCGGUAGGGGUGGCCCCGGUGGCGUCCUCCCAACAACCCCGUCACCACCACAGUACUGCCGACACGGCAGACUGCGACAAGAUGCUGCUGGGCCUCUCUGUCCCAGAGCACCACUGGGACUACAAGGGGAGCGAAGCCCUCCGGAGGGAGGACAGGGGGAGUGAGGCCCUCCGGAGGGAGCGAGGGGAGGACAGGGGGAGCGAGCCCCUCCGGGGGGAGGACAGGGGGACUGAGGCCCUCCGGAGGGAGCGGGGGGAGGACAGGAACAGGGACAAGGGGAGGGAGCCCCUCCGGGGGGAGGACAGGGGGAACGAGGCCCUCCGGGGGGAGGACAGGGGGAGCGAGGCCCUCCGGAGGGAGCGGGUGGAGGACAGAGACAGGAACAAGGGGAGGGAGGCCCUCCGGAGGGAGCGGGGGGAGGACAGGGACAGGAACAAGGGGAGGGAGGCCCUGCGGGGGGAGGACAGGAACAGGAACAAGGGGAGGGAGAAAGGACGUCGGCAUAAAGGGAAGGGAGGUUACCGGAGCCACAGGGGGGACAGAGCGCAGAGCAAAGGGAAGAAGAAACAGAGGAUCACGCGCUACGACGCCCAGCUGAUCCUGGAGAACAGCGGAGGGAUCCCCAAACUGACGCUCCGCCGGCGCAGAGACAGCAGCAGCAGCAAGACCAACGAGCCCAGCGAGCCAAUCAGCACGCAGCAGCAGGCUAGCAGCACCACCACCACGCCGCAGCCUACCGCCCAACCCCCGGUCAACUCCUCUUCGUCAUCCUCCUCCUCAUCAACGUCCAAGAUCAGCAUUAUGUUCAGGAAGGACCCGUCUCAGGACAGGGAGAAGGGCAGUUCCUGCAGCUCCUACCACGUGUCCAAGCUGAACGGGUUUGGGCCUCCCGGGCUCCACAGCACCAGCAGCUCCACCAAGCUGAAGAUCCAGCUGAAGAGGGAGGACGACGGACGGGCCCAGACGCACACCGACAACAGGGGGGACACGGAGGGCUGCGGUCUGGGUGGCGGGGCCUUCGGCCUGGAAGCCAGGAAUGGUGGGAACCACGGAGGGCACAGGAUAAAAAACAUUGUGGUAGAUGAGUCUUCGUCUGAUGAUGAUGAUGAUGAGGAGGAGGAGGAGGAAGAGGAGGAGGAUGACGACGAUGACUACUUUGACGAUGAGUUUGAGGACGAUUUCAUUCCACUCCCGCCGGCGAAACGGUUACGUCUCAUCGUGGGGAAAGACUCAAUAGACAUCGAUAUCUCAUCCCGGAGGAGAGAGGACCAGUCUCUGAGGCUAAACGCCUGAUAAAGCUCUCUGAAUGGAGUUCAUAUCUGCGUCCCAAAUGUCAAACUGUUCCCUGUGCAGUGCACUACUUUGUAUGUGUUGUAAAUAGCAGGACACUAGUGUAGGGAAUAGGGUGCCAUUUUGGGACACAGUCCAUCACUCCACCUUUUACAUGUACAGAAAACACCGGACUCACUCAUCAACUGUUGUGUUGAUGAUGUUUAAAGAAGUACAGUCAUUUAAAAAAAUAAAUUAAAAAACUUAAAAAGUUGCACAAAAAAAACAGAGCGAAUCAGAAAGAAGAUGUUUGGUAUAAAUGAAAAGUGAAUGCACUUCUGUCAUGAUUAAUAUUCAGAAUGAACAUGAAUAUUGUAGAAGGUGUACAGAUAUUAUGGUGACUAUCCUCUGUCCCACAGACAGACUUAUUGAACUUUUUAUUUUAGAUUUUGUCUCACAGUACGCAAUUCUAAACUCUGUUGGCAAACCAGACUUUUUGUUUUGUUUUUAAUUUAGUUUUUUGUCAAAAAAAAACAUAUGAUAUGGGGAUAUGGGUCCAGUAAUGUUCUGAUCGGGAUCAAUCCGUUCAGUUGUAGUAAUAAUGACAGCUUUCUAUAACCAUUCAACUCAUGAAUGAACUCAGUCCCACCAACACACUGGAAUCAUAGUGGGUUCUAUCAGCUGCUCAUCAGGGUUGAGCUCCAUUCCAAUUCCGGAAACAAACAGGAAUUCCGAAUUGGAAUUGGAAUCUCAGUUUGCUUCCUUGUCUGAAUUGAAAUGGUAUUGAGUCCAACCCUGCUCCUCCUGUCCUCCUGGCUGUGUUGUUUUUGUUAUUCUCUAAGAGAACGUUGACCCUGGCUGCAAUAUCCCAAUGUGUUUUAAAGCUCACACAGUACUGUUUACAGCAUGAUGGGUAAAUGGGUCAUUGACAAGCCAACAAAUGGACCAAUAUUUUGGUCAUUUUUAAGCUUCAUUUCUGAUUUCUGGAGCCUCUGAUUUUGGUUUUGACUAGAUCGUAUACAGCUACGGACAGAAUUAACUUCCUAGCAGGUUAGGAGAAUUAGGUUAAAGGUUAGAAAAAGGGUUGGGGUUAGCUGAAAUGCUAAUAUUCUACCCGACUCCAACGUGCAGCGGUAUUUUUUUUUGCUGUAUACCAGGGGUGUCAAACUCAUUCCAUGGAGGGCCAAAGUGUCUGCUGUUUUUGUUGGUUGUUCCUUUAAGACCUCGCGACAACCAGGUGAAGGGAGUUCCUUACUAAUUAGGUGACCUUGAUUCAUCAAUCGAGUGCAAGUACACUUUAGCCCUCCGUAGAACACACGCUGUAUACCGUCUAGCCACAAGAGGUUUAACGUUUGAAACACUAAUCAGUUAAAUAGAUACACGGCGUGUACGCUGUUUUUAAACACGCCAUCAGGAAGUAACACGAAGAAGACCAGAAGUCAUGUUACUACAGAAAGACUGAAUCAUGUUCUGGAAAACGAGUUCAAACUCACUAGAGUAUUUCGUUGUUGUUGUUUGUCUUAGAUCCAAAUCAUACAUAAUGAACACAUGACAACUUCAUAGAAAUAUUAUCCCCAACGAAAUAGUCAUUUUCACAAAACAGUAUUUAGGUGCCUUACAAACAACUCUUGGGGUAUCUGGUGAAAGGCCUAGUUUUUAGAAAAAAAUAUUAUCAGAAGGUGAAGAACUGUAGGUCGUACCUCGGUAACUGUAACUAUGGGAACACUUUCUCCUCUCCCCCCCCCGCCCAGUCUUUCUGUAUAGUCUUUCUAUUUGAGUUAUUUUAGGGCUGGUUUCCCAGACAUAUUCAGACUAGCCUCGAACUACCAAGCUAGUUCAAUAGAUUUUCCAUCGACAGUGGUUUUUUGUUUGUUUUGUCUUUAAUCCUUGUCUGGGAAACCAGUCUUUUUAGUGUGGAAGUACUGAACUGCCAAAUUUAAUCAAGGGAUCAACUGGAGAUGAAUGUUAACUCCACUUUCUGUUGUCCUGUACUGUUCAUAUCACCAGCAAGCAGCGAAUCACAGUGAUAAACAAGGGUUGUGUUCAUUUAGGCACAAGAAGGGGGAGGGGCUUCACUGAAAUGGGAGGGGGCUUCCUUGACUUGUCCAAUAAGAAAUUGUCACUUUUUUUUUUUUUUUCCUUCUUCUGUUGUGUGCCCCAAUGAACACAACCCUGGCUAUACGUGUACCUCCCCCUGUAUGGACGCCAGUCACUCUCCAUUCUGUACUGUUCCAGGUGUUACUGUGUGAUCUUUUGUUCAAUAGCCAGCUGUCGACAUUUCUGAUUGGAUGAAGUUCAAUAACAACAAACAAACAAACAAAAAAAAUGACAAAUGUGAAUCGUUUGAAGACAUUUUUAGUGUUGCGUUGGGUUAGUGGGGAAAAACACUUCAAACAGACCCUUUAAACCGGAGCAGUGCUUUAUGUCUAGUAUGGAGAACACAAAAAUCAACGUGAACACACCCUGUACUUAUUUAACAGUUUUGGAAUACUUGAAAACAUAAGGUUUCUUUUGUGAGAAUAAACAAUUUUUCUGUG